AUGAUAUUGGAAAUCAAUAAACAAAAUGAAAAAAGACAGUCGGCUUGGGAAAACUAUUCAUUAAUAUUAUUCAACAUAAAAUUAUAUGAACCAACUAAAUAUCUACAAAAGCGGAUAAAUAAUGCUUUCUAUAAAUAUCAUCAUACUGGUAAUAUUUGCAAAUGUUUAUGUGAGCGCACUUAUAAUCCGAAACAUACUCCUCGCGGGGAAUUACUCGAUUCUAUUUGUUUCGAUCCCGUUUCAGUCAACGCCGGAAAAUUUGCAACCGGAGCAAGGUUUAGAGUUCAUAAGAACAAAAUUCACCUCGAACUCCAGCAAGGAAUUUUGACUAAUGGAACAAUUGAUCCGCAAACGGUUACAUGGAAGGAAGCUACUGAGUGUAAAUAUUCAAAAAAGGUUAUUUACAAUUUUAGAAACGGUAGAUAUCAAGGCUUGAAAAUCACGCUGGAAGAUAUUGUUUUACCGAAUAAUGUGGCCGUGACAGGUGUAACAUUUGGCAAAUCAGUACACGGACAGCGUAUUGAUGAUAACGCUAACAUCGAUUCUAAUCGGACGAUAACUAAAUCUUCAAUGUGUAACGGAAAAACAAAAGAUUUGGUUCACGUUUCUAAUUUUCUCGUGGCAUCGACGUUCUUUAUAGGACAAAAUCGAGUACUCAGCGAAUCAUGCCGACACCAUAUACUGUUUGGCGGAACUUCGGAAAAAUAUGAUAAUAUCCAACAUGUAGUUCCGUACAUAGAUUUGCAAGAAGUAACUACAGAUCCUCCGGAACCGAUUAAUGGAAUCGGCUGGUACUAUAGAGGAACGCGUGGUUAUGGAGGAUUUUUGGCCCUACGAGUGUUCAAAUAUAGAUAACAUAACAUUUAAAUGUUAAUUUAA